UUUCAAUAUCUCUUUCCACCAUAAAUAAUCUCGCAUCCAACUCCUAAUUUCACCACUCCAUAUUUCACUUUCGUACCAUGCACACAAAAGAAACCCUAAUUAAUCAGUCAUAACUUCCACCACCAACUCAAAAUAUUCAUUCUUAAAAAGAAGAAUGAUGAGAACCAAAUCCAUAGUCAUCAAUUCCAAUUCCAAGAACGAUACUUCCACCAUUUCCGCAACGACAGCUCUGAGACGUUCGGCCUCAAACACUACCCCCUCAGCUGCAGUGGUACGCACAAAUGAUCUUAACAAAAAACCGCGACCUCGGUCAGUAGAGUUCCCGGCAUCUCCUCAACUAGUACAAGGUGAAGAGAUGGUCCAUUUCGGACAUCCCCAACACGUGUUGGUUAAAGUUGAGUUGCCGGAUAUUUACACGUGCGCAGGGUGCAAAGAAGAGGGAGCAGGGGUUAGGUACGUGUGUCAAGAAUGUGAUUAUCAGCUCCAUGAGUUUUGUGCUUUGGCUCCUCCUCAACUCAAAUCACACCCUUUUCAUUACCAGCAUCAACUUCUCUUCUUUGCCAAACCUGCGAAAGGAGGGAUAGUAAAAUCGAAAUGUGACGUGUGUGGAAGAUCACCAAAAGGUUACACUUUCAGAUGCAAAGCUUGCAGUUUCCAAAUGCAUCCUGGCUGCGCCAUGUUAUCUCCUUCCCUCUCCUCUUCCUCCCUCCAUCACCACCCUCUCCGCCUCCUCCCCUCUUCCUCAGCAGGUAGCACCACCGGCGGAGACUCCGGAGGAUUCCUCUGCGGAGAGUGCAAGAGAGGUAAGCGAACGGGGAGGGUUUACCGUUGCACCGUCUGUGAUUACCACUUGCAUGCCGUUUGUGCCAAAGACGCCGCCGUGAAUGGCCUCCGAGCAAACGGACAUAAAGGGAGGGAUAAGUCUCCGGCAGUUUUGGGAACGGCGGCAAGGUUGGCGUCGCAGGUUGUGAUUGAUUUUCUCGGUGGUAUUAUCGAUGGUCUUGGCGAAGGUGUUGGUGAAGCUAUUAUAGACGGUGUGACUAGAGGUGGUGGUGGUGGCGGAGGCGGAAAUGGCGGUGGCACUAGAGUAAUCCCACGUGUCAGAGGAGGGUAAUAAUGAAAUUUGAGGAUUGUUUGAUUAACUAAUUAUGUUUUGUAUGUGGAGAUUGCUAUGACUUGAUGAUGCUUUUGAUAAGUACAUAGAUGUGCUUGUAUUUAUUGAGUUUGAGUUUGUGUGGGGGAUAUAUUAUGUUGAUUAUAUUUGGGGAUAUUUACAAUUCUAAGAAAAUGUGUAUAUGUUUAAUUAGAUUGGAUUGAUAAGUAAUAUUAUUUUCUGUUGUUUGUGUUUUGGUUUUCAUUAUCUAAUUAAUUAAGAAGUAGAG